AUGACCUAUAAUAAUCGAUACAAAGAGGCCCCGUCGAACAAUCUUGAUCCUACUCGCUUUGCUCAGAACCCGACUCGAGCCAAAUCAACGCGAUGGACUGCCGCAAAGGCUCAUAAUUAUGAUGGAGACGAUUGGGGAGACGAGUACGAGGAUGAGUACAACAGCGACAUAUACAGUUCGCCAUACCAAUCGCAACAAAGAUCGCACAGCAGUCAGUACGGGGGCGCAUACGGAGCCGGUCAGUCGCAGUAUGGGAGCCAGGACUUUUCUCUCUCCCGGAGUUCGACCCAACCUGUCUCGCAGGAAUCGUAUCCGAACCACGAAGCCCAGGAGGAAACCCCCAAACCGCUGAUUCGGCAAGGAACUACGCCCGUCGCGUCGGCGAGUCAGCGAUAUAGCUCAUCGGGUAUCCAGCGCAAACCUAGCAAGAUGGAUAAAGAUCGAGAGCCCUAUAAACGGGUCCAGCAUGAAAACGAAUAUGUAGAGCCUGCGGUGUCGAGUCCAUCCGGUCCUGUUCAAAUUGUGCAGUCUACGAGCCCAUUCGAAUAUAAUACCGCGCCCAUUGUUUCCCACCCGGCUGCUAUUGUGGAUGAUUCCAGAGCGAAUAAUAUUGCUGCAAACGAGGGAAACAGUAUAGCAUCCACUAAGCAGCCGGAAUCAUUUGCGAGCGCUAGUCCGAUCGGUGGUUCUCCAACUCUACGACGUCCUGCAGACAUAUAUGCUGCUGCAAAUCAGAAUAUUUCGAAUACCCCAAUACUCACUGUGGAUACCGGUAGCUACGAGGUGUCAGAGCCGGUCAUAAUAGAGAAGCUAGUAGAACCGUCGCAACCAGCCCCGAGUAUAGCGGAGACCGGUACCCCUCAGCCAAAGGAAGAGUCUCCACUACCACCACAGAUCCAUCGUGAGACCACACCAGUACCUCAGUUUGAGAUUAUCAGCCCACAGCCCGCUACAAGCCCCGAGGUGAACGUACAGGAAGGGAACGCUUACCCACCACCACCUCGAAUUGAGGAACAGCCCCCCUCGCCGCUGAGUGAUAGUCCCGAACGCAAUGAUAUCUACAGUAUAUCACCCGGACAUAGUAAUAUUCCCUUUGGUGCGCGUACAAACGACGAUUUUGAUAGGAACAUCAAUAUCGUUACCCUGCCCCCGCCCCAACCAGGUCAUUUCCUGACAAUCCCAGAGCCAGUUCAAGAACCACCACGAGGAUAUGAGUCUGAUUCCGAUGAAGAAGGGGGGCUCUUCCAUACAAGUACCCCGCCGCGAAGAGGGUCCUUGUCCCCAACCGCUGGCGGCGACUUUAAUUUCGACGGUGUUACUUAUCCUAUCGGUUCUGAUUCGCCUCUGGAAUCCCACCCGGGCGACUAUGAGGUUGGUAUGCACAAUGCGGGCGUUGUAGCCCCAUCAAAGCCUGAGGCUGCGCCGCAAUCAGAGAAUGAAAACCAGCUGCUAGUAUCUCCCACGUCGCCUACUGAUGAGGCGGCGACACCACAGCCGCAACCGCAAUCAAUCGUGGAAAAAGUAUCUGAUGUGACUGGCUCUGUCGCAAAUACAUUCUCAAGUUUUGUAGCCAGCGCUCUGCACAGGGAUCAGGGUCCUGAGACAAAUCCAAUCAUCCGUACUGAUUCCCCAGUGCUGCAACCCCGGGAGCAAACCACGUCACCCUCCCUUGCCAUAUCUUCUCGACCGGAAACCCCGGCUGAGGCAGCAGCACAAACACACCCCACGGCAAUUGGAGAUGUUCAGUCAUCUCAAGCAACACAACCGGAUAAUGUCCCUCUGGAAACUGAAAACCACGUUCGAUCGCGUGAAGGAACGCCCAGUAGAUUCGAAGAAGACGAAGAGGAAGAGGUGAUUAUCGAGGAAGCUAGAAGGGGAGCAUGGGGUAUGGCGACGCCCGUGGCAAUAUCGCAGUCACCGUCGCAGUCACCAUCGCAGGCGCAGUCUCCAACAAAGCCGCCCACACAGAUGCCGCUUGCUGCUGAAGUAUCUCAGCCCCUUAUCACAAAGGUGACACAGCCGGUAAUUCACACCCCGCAACCAACUUCGACUCAGAUCGAGCAAUCCGUUAUAAUCCAAGGACCUUCUUCUGAAAGGGCGAUAUCUCCCGCAAGCCAUGUAUCUUCGACCCACUCAAAAACUCCAUCCUUUACAACCACGGCGUCGCCUAUGCAGUCAACCGAAAGUCGAAACCCGCAACCGACUUCUUUUGCCGAGUUUCUGAAACGAUCACCUCAGUCUACUCCGACUGGUCUCGCAUCUAGUCCACCAGUAACAUCUGGGUCACCAGCUCCAGUUGCCCCUGCAGUAGUGUCCGCACCUGUUUCAUUUAAGGACUUUAUGACUAGCCGUGGUAACCCAACAAUCGAACCCGAAAGGUCGACCCCUCCACUCUCAAGCCAUCCGGCUUCGACGCCGCCUGCGCCUAGCUUCAAAGAUUUCUUACUACAGAAAACCCCAGUUAGUCAGCCGGUCGCGUCUACUCCGUAUGAAGCCGGAACCCCAUUAUUGGAAGCGCAGGAAACACCAAAAAACCAUACUCCGGUAAGGCAGCCUUCUCCAAUACGCCAUAGUUUAAUCGAAACAGGCGCGGUUCCGCCUAUCAAGCCGCCAACAAAUGCUGCGCGUGAGGUACCUCCCUCAGAACCAAGCAGUACGGCGUCGCAUUUGGAUGAAGGCGAGGCUCUCCGUCGGGCUAUUCUCAAAGGACUUGAUGCGGAAUCACAACCAGACACUCCGGAUACGCCCAACGAAUACAUGAGAAACGUUGACGCUCAUUUUGAGGGUUCUCAUACGGUUUCAGGCCCCGAUAGCCCCAUAAUCGGGCGUAGUGCAAGCUACAAAGGAAAGAUGCCUCAGCGCACAGCCUCUCUCGCUGUUUCUGAUGUCAGUGAAGAACAUUAUCGUCCGCAGCCAUUCGAGAAUUCCCAAUACCAAAGGUUCCCAAAACAAGGUCCAACUAAAACCUACCCUGCUCCUCCAGCAUCGGAUAUCAGUGCUCCAUCCAAGUCUGGGGAGGAUCCCGUUUUUACACCCCCAACCCGGAGUGUUGUUGGCGAACAGAAUCACGAAUAUGAACCUUCCAUCCAGGAAGAGCCCGAGUACCAACCGUCUAUCGUUUCAGAACAAUAUGUUCCAUCGCCUGUGGAUACAGUUCACCCUGUUAAGCCGUUUUUGAUGCAGAGGGAUUUCAAUGAAAUCCCUACUUUGUUGAAUCUUAGCGACAUUCUAGCUCUGUCGGAUUCUAAGGAUCGUAUAGCUGCUUCGGAGAAAGCUAGGAAGAUCCAUGCACAACAGAGCCAACAAGGAGCCCAUGACCUUCAGGUUUGGCUUCACCAUGUGCAACAGAUCAAUAACCAAAAUGCCCAACUAUGGACAUACAAUAGUACUAGGCCAGGAAUGCAUGAUCUUCGGAACAAUCCUUUAGUAUCAGGCCGAUUCGAUCUAUUCGUGCAACAAAGUAGCGAUGAAAAUGCUAAAUGGAACUCUUGGGGUCGAUUGGAUGAUGGUGUUCUUGGGAGUAGGCCUAGUACGGCUGCCUCCAACGACCCCAUGGCUCCGAAAAAACCUAAGACGGCCCCUACGAACGCCGUCCCGUCACAAAUGGGCCAGCGGCUACCUUCGCAAAGCCAAGACAACCGGAAUCUUGGGGCACCAGCACAAAACGCAGCUGCUAUAAACCUGCCAUCCCAAUCCCCGUCUCUAGGUCAGCAACAUGGUCAAGUUUUCCAACCGAACAAUAACAAAAGCGAACCAGCUCCAUCAAUUGCUACUACAGAGCCCUCAAAGGAGGAUCACGCUGAUGGGAAGAAGAAAUCUGGCCUCAAGGGUAGGCUCAAGAAUAUCCUAGGCCGUAAAAAAGAUAAAGUGGAAUCACAUGUUGCGGCGGAGCCUACGCCCCAAAUCAUUCUUCCCCAACAUGUGCAGCAGCAGCAGCAGCAAGCUGCUAUUCCUGCACCUCUCCCUCAGAAUGAGAAGUACCCUCCUAAUAACACCCAACAGGGCCCCCCUCCCCCCCCUCCUCCUCUUCAAGGUUCUUCCCUCAGUACUCCUCAGGGCCCCGUUAAAGUGCCGCCUCAAGGUCCCCAGGCCCCCCCUCAGGGCCAUUUACAAGGUUCUCCGCACUUUCCUGCUAAUGGUGCCAGCGCUCCUCAUGACCACCAACCGCCGCCGAAUAAACUCGUGAUACCAAAACAGGAUGAAUUCUUGCCCCCUCUAUCAUUCCAGCAAGGGAACAAAUCACCAAGCUUGGGGGAAGCAAUCAAUAUACCAAGUUCGAAUUCGGUGCCCGAUCUAAGGGCGAGAUCGCAAAUUCAACAGCAAAAAGAAGAUUCUACGAAGAGUUCUCAGACCAACUUGCAAGGGCCGGUGAGGCCGGUCCAAGUACCAAAACAGGGUGAUCACCAGCCUCCAACAGGGCAAGGUGUACAGAGGCCAAAUACUUCCGGCGGUACACAGGGUCCACCACCACUCCGCAACUUUGAUGACGAUGGCCCACCCCCUUUGAGAAGAAUAUCAAAUUCGAAACCCCCUCCCCCGCGGAAACGCAUUUCAUCUAUUCCCGCACCGGUUCCGGAGGGAAAUUACCCACCGGGUGCCUUUCCUCCUCCCCAAGCGCGCCCACAUGAACCUCAAGAUGCCUCUUUCCGGCCAGGCACCGGUGAGGGCCAUAUCCACCAUGGGGGAAUGGGUGCUGGGCAACCCAAUUUGAGGGUAGAAAACUCCGGUGGAUACGAGCCAUCAGUAUCCUCAGCUUCUAGCGAUCAGGCUAAGAAGUCUCGGCUAAGUGUUUUCGGUAAGCUUAAAGCAAGCCCUGGUGCGCCACAUUCUCCAUCAAAUGUGCCUGGACCAAGCGAGACUGGUAGUCCUCGGCAUAGUAUUCAUACUAUUUCGUCUCAGCCUUCGGGGACAACAGAAAAGAGAAAUUCCUCAUUCUUCCAAAACCAACUCAAGAAGUUCGACCAGUUGGUUGUCGGCAAGGACCGAGCGAACGAAUUCCACCACCAGCAGCAGGUUCAAGGGCCGCCACCGAAUGGGCAGGCCGUUACACAGGGCGGCCCAGAACCAGGAAUCAAUAGACAACAAAGCUUCCCGGUUGAUAGUUCAAGCUCUGUUCAUACAGCUGCCGAACCAAAGAAGAAAAAUCGCUUCGCUGCGUUGAUCAGCGAUAUAAAGACGACUGACUCGCAUUCCCACGAGGAGAAGAAGGUCCGAAAGGGUUCGUUCUUUAGUAGGACCCACACGGAGAGUAGUCCAGUAGUUGCCACGCAGCCUGCGCAAGUUGCUGGACAACCUCAGAUCUACCCACAACCAAACGGCCAGGCAGUCUUUAACCCAGGCCAAAACGUUGUAGUUCCCAUUCCAGGACAAUAUCACUCUGUCAACCAAUCAUCGCAAGUUCAAUCCGCGACACCCUAUGUCAAUGGGGCUGGCAGUUCCCUGAACCCUCAGCAGCAACAGCCAAUCACUGUGCAAGCACCACAAGGUCAAAUCAAUUCUAGAAUACCGCCGCCACAAGUUGCGCCGCUGCAGAAUGUGGCAAUAGCCAGGAAAGCUUCCAAUCCUCCACCACCAACAGCUCGGUUUUUGGCUGUACCACCAUCACCGCCACCCAUUAGGCGAGCCGCUCCCGUCGAGGAAGAAAGCAUAUAUACCCCACCAGUAAACCACAAAUUAACACCCUCCCAACGUCAACAAACUAGCGAUGAUUCUCCGCCACCUCUAAGGCCUCACCUAACGUCGUCUCCAUCACCGCCGCCCAGGGUCAUAUACGCACCACCCUCUACUGCACCGGUGGCACAGGCCCAACCCGUGCAACCGGAGCCUAUGAGUGGUCACAUGGAGCCACCAACAAUUCAAACUUCGAGAAUACCAGAGCAGGAAAGCAAGGUUAUGUCCCCCAUCAAUACCAGGAGCAGGGAACCGGAACCUUCUUCGUUUUCUGUACACCCGACCAGCUUUGUUGUUGGCGAUAUAAUCUCAGCUCCGCCAAUCCAAGCGACUCCCCCACCGAUGCAGGAAGUCCAGAAAGCUGAACCGCCCAGAGAGGGGCCACCCAGGGUGGAGAUUACUCCUGCAACUGCUGUGGAAUCAGAGCCACAUAAACUAGAGCCUUUAGUUGUUCAUGCCGCUGAAGCGACAUCUAGUAAGCCGGAGGAGUCGAAGCCGGAGGAGCCGAAGCCGGAGGAGCAUAAACCUAAGGUGGAAGGGCCUACGGUACCCAAAAAAGAAGAAGAAGUCAUGCCACUAGCAGAAAGUUCGACGAAGGCCGUGAGCCCUGAACCCCCAAAGGCUUCCAACGAAGACUAUGAUAAAAUUGCAGUAGACCCAGAAGGCCCGGUGCCAGAAGAAGAGGAGAGAAUCGUGAUGAGCGCCACCACAUCGCCCGGUUUCAAUGAUUGGGAAUAUUUUUAA